AUGACUACAGAGUAUCGUAUUGAAAGCGACACCUUUGGCGAUUUAAAAGUGCCCGCCAAUGUCUAUUGGGGUGCUCAAACACAAAGAUCUCUUGAGAACUUCAAAAUCGGUGGUCCCAGUGAGCGCAUGCCUCCUGCCUUGAUCAAGGCAUUUGGUAUUCUCAAGAAGGCUGCUGCCAAAGUCAACCUUGAAUAUAAAUUGGAUCCCAAGAUUUCUGAGGCCAUUCAACAAGCUGCUGAUGAGGUAAUUGCAGGAAAGCACAAUGAUCAAUUCCCUCUCGUUGUCUGGCAAACUGGCUCAGGAACACAGACCCAUAUGAACGUCAAUGAGGUCCUCUCUAACAGAGCAAUUGAGAUUUUGGGGGGUAAACUCGGUAGCAAAACUCCUGUUCAUCCCAAUGACCAUGUCAAUAUGAGUCAAUCAUCCAAUGAUACUUUUCCAACUGCCAUGCACAUUGCAGCUGUCGUUGAGAUCAACACUGAUCUCAUUCCUGCAUUGACUCAACUGCGUGAUGCUCUGAAAGCCAAAUCAGAUGAAUUUCAAGACAUUAUCAAGAUUGGGCGUACUCAUCUUCAAGAUGCCACUCCGUUGACAUUAGGACAAGAAUUCUCUGGCUACGUGCAACAAUUGACUUAUGGCAUUGAACGUAUUCAAGCUACGUUACCUAGGUUGUCUCGCUUAGCACAAGGUGGUACUGCUGUAGGCACAGGUUUGAAUACCCACAAGGGAUUUGAUGUGAACAUUGCAAAGGCUGUCUCCGAAUCCACUGGCUUUGCCUUUGAAACAGCACCUAACAAGUUUGAAGCACUUGCCAGUAACGAUGCUAUGGUAGAGUGCUCAGGGGCGCUCAAUACACUUGCUGUUUCAUUGAUGAAGAUUGCUAAUGAUAUUCGUUACUUGGGAUCUGGACCUCGUUGUGGUUUAGGUGAAUUGAGUCUGCCCGAGAAUGAACCUGGAUCUUCUAUCAUGCCAGGUAAAGUAAACCCUACUCAGUGUGAGGCCAUGACAAUGGUCUGUGCUCAAGUCAUGGGUAACCAUACGACUGUCACUGUCUCUGGAAGCUAUGGCCAAUUCGAGUUGAAUGUAUUCAAGCCAGUUAUCAUUAAGAAUGUGCUUCAAUCAAUCAAGCUUUUGAGCGAUGUAUGCCAUUCCUUCAAAGACAAUUGUGUCGUUGGUAUUGUCGCUAAUCGUGAUCACAUUCAGUCUAUUAUGAACAGAUCUCUUAUGUUAGUAACAUCGUUAAACCCUGUCAUUGGUUAUGAUAAAGCAGCUAAAUGUGCUAAAAAAGCGCAUAAAGAAGGUACUACUUUGAAGGAAGCCGUGCUUUCUCUUAAUUACCUCUCCUCGGAGGAAUACGAUCAUUGGGUUAAGCCUGAGCUCAUGAUCAAUCCUCAGUAA